AUGAAUAAAAAUAUCUCCAGGAUGGGUGAGGGCGGGUCCCCGGGCGGUGGGGCGCGGCUGUCUCACACGUCCGAGAAGCACCCGCGAGCCAUCCUCGGGGAACUGUCCGCACUCAGGAGGCACAGGGAACUGUGCGAUGUGGUCCUCAAUGUUGCUAAUAGAAAAUUAUUUGCACAUCGUGUGAUCCUAUCAGCGUGCAGUCCGUACUUCCGCGCCAUGUUCACGGGCGAGCUGGCGGAGUCCCGCGCCACGGAGGUGACUAUCCGCGACGUGGACGAGCACGCCAUGGAGCAGCUGGUGGAGUUCUGUUACACGGCGCACGUGGUGGUCGAGGAGAGCAACGUGCAGGCGCUGCUGCCGGCCGCCUGUCUACUACAGCUACAGGAGAUACAGGACGUGUGCUGCGAGUUCCUCAAGCGACAGCUCGACUGCUCCAACUGCCUCGGCAUCCGGGCCUUCGCUGACACGCACUCAUGUAGGGAACUGCUCAGGAUAGCGGACAAGUUCACACAGCAGAACUUCCCAGAGGUGAUGGAGAGCGAGGAGUUCCUGCUGCUGCCGGCCGCACAGCUCAUAGACAUAGUGUCAUCAGACGAACUCAACGUGCGCUCAGAGGAACAGACCUUCCAGGCAGUCAUGUCCUGGGUUAAGUACAACGUGGCUGAGAGGAGGCAGCAUCUCGCACAGGUGUUACAACACGUCCGUCUGCCGCUGUUGAGUCCAAAGUUCCUAGUGGGUACCGUGUCCUCCGAGCUGCUCAUACGGUCAGACGAUGCGUGUCGCGACCUACUGGACGAGGCCAAGAACUACCUGCUGCUGCCUCAGGAGCGACCGCUCAUGCAGGGACCCCGCACCCGGCCCAGGAAACCCACGCGCAGAGGCGAGGUGUUGUUCGCGGUGGGCGGCUGGUGCUCGGGAGACGCCAUCGCGUCCGUGGAGCGCUUCGAGCCCGCCACCGCCGAGUGGAAGAUGGUCGCGCCCAUGUCCAAGAGGCGCUGCGGCGUGGGCGUGGCCGUGCUGCACGACCUGCUGUACGCCGUGGGCGGACACGACGGACAGAGCUACCUCAACAGUAUCGAGCGCUACGACCCUCAAACUAACCAGUGGUGCGGGGCGGUCGCGCCCACGUCCUCGUGCCGCACGUCCGUGGGCGUGGCCGUGCUGGACGGGGCGCUGUACGCGGUGGGCGGCCAGGACGGGGUGCAGUGUCUCAACCACGUGGAGCGGUACGACCCCAAGGAGAACCGCUGGACCAAGGUGGCCGCCAUGACCACGCGCCGCCUCGGGGUGGCCGUGGCGGUCCUCGGAGGACAUCUGUACGCGGUCGGCGGCUCCGACGGACAGUCACCCCUCAACACGGUGGAGCGCUACGACCCCCGCGCCAACAAGUGGACGGCGGUGGCUCCGAUGUCUACUCGCCGUAAGCACCUGGGCUGCGCCGUGUUCGACGGACAGAUAUACGCUGUGGGCGGACGAGACGACUGUACGGAACUGUCCUCCGCUGAGAGGUAUGAGCCGGCGACUGACUCGUGGUCGCCGGUGGUCGCGAUGACGUCACGCCGCAGCGGCGUGGGGCUGGCGGUGGUCAACGGACAACUGUACGCGGUCGGGGGCUUCGACGGAACCGCCUACCUCAAGUCUAUAGAGGUGUUCGAUCCUGAAGCGAACCAGUGGCGGUUGUGUGGAGCCAUGAACUACAGGCGGCUGGGGGGAGGGGUCGGCGUCAUGAGGGCGCCGCACCAUGACAACCAUUAUAUAUGGAACCGUAAAGACUCCGUGGUGUGA